AUGGAUUUGCAACUGAAUGGGCUAACCGCAAUCGUUACCGGCGGGAGCCGGGGCAUCGGCAAGGCGGUGGCAAGAGUGCUGGCGGCCGAUGGGUGCAGCGUGGUCAUCACUGGACGCUACGCUGACACAUUGUCCGCAUCGGCCGAAGAAAUCGCCGGCGAUACCCACGGGCGAGUCGUACCCAUGGUCGCUGACAUGACAAACACCGAACAGGUUAACGCCAUGGUAUCGAGCGCCGCGGAAACCCUGGGCGGUCGUAUCGACAUCCUGGUCAAUAACGCGGCCGCACCCGGUGGAUUGGCUCGCGGUUCGCUGUCAGAAAUCCAGGACGCCGACGUGAUGUUGGACCUGGACACCAAAGAGACAACGAAAAUGAUCAAAGUAACCGUUUUCUACGACAACAUGGAAGACAAAUCGUUUGAUUUCGACUACUACGUCAAUACCCACAUGCCAAUGGUCCAAGAGCGGUUGACCACUUUCGGGAUGCGCUAUUACAACGUGGAAAAAGGCAUAUCCGAUACCGAUCCCACCGCGCCCCCCAUGUACGUCGCCGUCGGGUACCUCUUCUUCAACGACCUGGAGGGUGUUCACGAGGGGUUCAAGAACCACGGGCGCGAAUUGGUGGGAGACGUUAAGAAUUUCACCGAUAUCGAGCCGAAAUUCCUGAUCAGCGAAUUGGUUGCCUGA